GCGUGACUAGUCCAGGCGUUACGGUAGGAGCAGGCUGCGGAGCCUCUGUGUCCGACAGACCCGGAGUUGGACUGGAAGACACUGCGCCGAACAGGUCUCCGAUGCUAUCCCUUCUUCUGAGCCACGGACAACAUUUCAUCUAGCCAGGUGCAACUAGGAGGCUGUCUCCCUUGGCUUAUAUUAAUCUUCUGACAAUCUUGACGUCAACAUUGUGAUUUUUGAAAAGAGGACAGAUUCUUGGGAUCCAGCUUGACUCAUCGUCCAAAGUCCCAGACCAGCUAACCAGAAGGAGUGACCCCAUCCCUCGCCCAACCUCCCCGGCUGCUAGCAUGGCAGACAGUCGACAGCCAGAAGACGGGGCCCCCCAGUGGGACCCAUCAGGAGGGCAGGAGCCUGGUGGCACCCACGGAGCCAAUGGUUACUCUUCCUCAGCCUACAGGACCUGCCAGCCUGGCGGGGCUCACAUGGCCACAGCCCCCUACUCUGCCAGGGAGAACGGCUUCAAUGGGGAGCUAACUGGAGCUCACGCUAUAACUGCAGAACAAGUGUCGGCGCGGAUUGUGCAGGAAGUGACGGCAGAGGCAGUGGCAGUACUGAAGGGAGAACAGGAAACUCAAAGGCUGCCAUCAGUCGAAGACACCACCAAUUUGCCUCCCUCUCCUCCCCCAUCACCUGCUGCCGAACACUUUGGUCCUCUGGAGCAAGAUGUAGGGGAUGAGGAGGAGGCGGGCCCUCUCCGCCGCUUCCAAAAUUCUCGGGAGAGGUGCAAGUUCCUCGCCCCCUCCAUCUCAGUUUCCGUGCCCGAGGACGACCCCUACCACUCCGACGAGGAGUACUAUGAGCACCCAUUGUUCAGCCCAGAGUGGACGCACUCGGGCUCUCGCCCCACAGGGCAGGCCGUGGCCUUUAGACAGAUUGAAGAAGAGACCAUGGAGGCUCUUACAGCUGAAUACGAGGAGGAGGUGGAAGAGGAGGAGGAGAGUGCAGAGGCACCAGAAUCCGAGGCAGCUCUUGAUGAGCAGCAGUGGAGUGGGGAAGAGCCCGAGCUGGACAGCCCCCAGGCUGACUCCUUAGAGCAGGCAGAGGCCAUAGACGAGGCCCAGGAUCUUGACCUGGAGCCGGCCGAGGCAGCUAGUGCUGCUGCAGAGAGCUCUAUGGACAGAGAGGAGGAGGAGGAGGAGGAGGAAGCAGAGGGUGAGGAGAGCCCUGAGACAGCUUUAAAGAUGGACUCAGACAAGCAAGACAGUGGGUCCAUGAGCCCAGACAGCAUUGGAUCGGAGAAACGCCCAGAGGAGUUUUUUGAGCCACAGAUCCAAGGGUUUUUUGCUGGUGAACGAGUUGUACCAGAGAGCCCCACCAUGGAUAUGCCAUCCUUUGUACCUCCAGAUGUUCGAAACCAAGCCAAAGAACCCGUAAGGUCACUCACACUUCAGCCUACAUAUGGUGAGCCGAUCACCGUGUCUGAGAAACAGCCAUCAGUGGAGGUGGUGGAGUUCAGCAGCAUUGGUGCUGCUUCUGACUUCUCUUCAAUGGGAGUCAAAGUCCAGGGUGGAGACUCAACAAGAGACGCAAGCGACAGGUCUGGCAUGUCAGCAUAUUUUGAAACGUCAGCCAUGGAAGUUGAUGAAGGUCCCCACAGUAAGGGUGAGGGUUAUUAUGAACUGAGCAGAUCUGGCGAGCAGAAGAUUACAGUCGAUUCUGGGUCUCAGGAUAUCAGCUACAGCACACUAGCUGAAGUUCAGGAUAAACCUGAAACUACAAAAAGUACGACAGAAGACACUAGUGUGUUUACAGUUCCUGACAGAAGUAAUGACUGCAGACUUUCCCCGGGAAAACUCGCCUUAGAACAGAGGAGUUACUCACUUAACAUCACCAUUGGAGCAAUGGAUCAGAGUGGGCAAGGCAGACCUAGGAACUUUUCUCCACUAGCCACAGAUAUCAUGUCCUAUACUAGUGGAAGUCUAGAUGAGUCAGCAGACUACCUUCCAGUUACUACACCUUCUGUGGAUAAGCCUCCGUCUUUCCCACCCCUGAUCCUGGAGACUGCAGCUUCCAUCACAUCAGAUUCUUCAUCCCCUCCAAGGACCACUGAACUACCUUCAAAGUCAAGCCCUGAACCAGAGUCUCCAGAGUCACCUCAGCUCCCAAAGAGCAACUAUAAAAACGGCACAGUGAUGGCGCAAGACUUACCUGAGAUGCUAGACCUUGCUGGUACCCGUUCCAGACUGGCAUCAGAAAACACUGACCCAGAAAUCACCAGGAGAAAGUCAAUUCAAGCUGAUUUUUCUCCCUUUGCUGAUGACCCACUGGCCAGUCUAAUAUCAGGGGAACAGAGUCCUGGACCUAGAAAGAGUGACAGCCAGAUGGAAGAGAUGGGCUAUUGUGUGUUCAGUGAAUAUUCAGGGCCCAUGCCAUCCCCUGCAGAUGUGUUCAGCCCUACAGACACUGCCACACAAGUCUUCACUCCCUCUGUCCUGGAGGAGAAAGUGGCUGAGCAGGCAAGGAAAUUAGCAGUCAGAGAUACAUCUGUGGAGGACAAGAUCCAGCCAUCAGAAGUUGCUGAUGAAGCUGAAGAGAAAGAGCAAAAGCAAGAAGAAAGAAAAGAUUCUGUGGAAGAAAAAGGCAAAGAUGUUGUAGAUGAUCAGCCUGUUAAGAUUGUAAGUGAGACACCACUGAUUCAGCCAAGUGAGACUUUUGUGACACCAACUGUCACUGUGACUCUAGAAGAAGGUGGAAGGUCAGGCAGUGAGACAGAGCGACAAGCCAGCGGUGAAGGCUCGGCAUCAGAAACUGAGAUUGCUGACUAUGAGAGGCAGAUCCGCAAAUUGGAGAUGGAGGACAGGCCUCUCAGUUUGGAGGAGGAGCGAGAACUGCAGGAGCUCCGAGAGAAGGUGAAACUGGUGCACCAGGAAGCCUAUGAGGAAGUGGAUGCAGAAGAUGUGUACCAGCUGACUGGUGUGGCCAAGGACCGAAUUGCCAGGCCUGUCAAAACUUCACCUGCUUCAUCAGUGGAGAGUAACAUCGAUGAUGACAAACUGCUCUCUCCGGUGCUCUCACCUUCCAAACUGAAACAAAGAGAAGUAUAUGGUUCCCCCAAAAGAGUUCCAUCACCAGUGUUAGGAAUAAACAAAGAGGAGAAAGAGGAGGCAGAAAGAAAAAAGAGGGAAGAGCAAGAGAAGGAAGCAGCUGAGAAGAAAAUGAAAGAAGAAGAAGAAAGGAAAAUCAGGGAAGAGGCAGAAAAGAAAGAAAGGGAAAUGAAAGAGAGAGAAGAACAGGAAAGGAGAGAGAAAGAAGAAAGAGAAAAAGAAGAAGCAGAGAGGAUAUUGAAGGAAGAAAAAGAAAGGUUGGAGAAAGAACAGAAAGAGCAGGAAAUGAGAGAGAGACUGGAGAAAGAGAAAAAAGAAAAAGAGGAGAGGGAGAUAAAAGAAAAGGAAGAGAAAGAGAAGAAAGAAAAAGAAGAGAGAGAAAGGAAGGAGAAAGAAGAGAGGGAAAGGAAAGAAAGAGAAGAAAGGGAAAGACUAGAGCAAGAGGAGAGAGAAAGGAAAGAAAUAGAAGAGAAAGAAAGAAUAGAGCAAGAGUUAAGAGAGAAGGAAGAGAGAGAAAAGCUUGAAAGGCAACUGAAAGAGAAGGAAGAGCUUGAGAAAUUGGCUGAGAUGGACAAAAAGGUUGCAGACAAGCCUGAAGAAAAAGAAGAUAUAAAACCUGCUGAGACGGAGGCUGAAAACCUGAAACAAACGGCUGAGGAAGACGUGUUAAAGAAAGCAGAAGCUGGGGCAGAGGUGACGAAGGAGAUUCCAGAGACUCGCGCUGCCAUCGAAUCAGUGGUGACAGUUGAAGAUGAUUUUAUCACUGUGGUCCAGACCAUCGAUGAAGCUGAGGAACCGGGGCACAGCGUUCGUUUCUCAGGUCCACCUGAGGCUGAACCCCUUUGCGUUGCUUCCCGUAAAGAAGACGAAGAGGAGGAGGAGGAGGAAGAGGAGGAGUCUGUUGAGCUGGCCCAGGAAGCAGACAUGGAGCCCGCCAGUCUAGAGGAGGUGGGUGAUGUUCCUGAAACCCCAGCCUCCCCCGAGAGGGAGGCUCAGACCAUAGAAACAGAAGGACCGACAGAAAGCUACGAUCGAGAUGAAACCACAAUGGACGACUCCAUCCUUGACAGCUCCUGGGUUGACACACAAGAUGAUGAUAAGAGCAUGGCAACAGAGCAGAUUGAGCCUUUGCCCAAGGUGCCUAGUCCAGUCAGAAAGCCUGCUGUGGUCCAGAACAAGCAGACGCAACAGUGGAAGACAGAGAAACAGGAAAAGCCUGUUAAACCCAAGACCAAGGGUGGCCGGCCUAAAGGACGAAUCUCCACACCCGAACGCAAACCUGUCCGCAAAGAACCUGUCUACAUCCCCAGAGAGGAAAUCAAGAAGAAAAAAGCUGUGAUACGGAAGACUGAGCUUACCAAAAAAAUGGAGACUCAGAGUCAGUCCCCAUCCAAGAGAAGUGCGAUGAAACCAGCAGUCCGCCAGACCCGACCCAUCCAUCACCACUCCUGCCCCAGAAGGAGACCCACAGAGGCCCCACCAGACGGUCGUCAGCCUCUCAGUGUUGCCAGACAGUCUCGCGACAGAGCAUCGUGCCAUGCCCAUUGUUUGACACUUACAAAGAUCCCCACCUCCAUAUCCAGAGAGGCUGUCUCAUUAGAUAAAUCUCGUCCGUCCUCAGCAGAGCCUCGAGGCUCGCCACAAUUACAGAGACUUAUAGCCAAGGAUGGUGGAUCACGAAGCCCAGACAAGAGGACCUCUCUGCCACGACACGCCUCCAUCCUGACUCGCCGUCCGUACCAUGACCACGAAGAGAGUUCCACAUCUAUCACUAGCUCCGGCUCCACAGCUCCCCGCAGACCCACAUCAUUUCGCACUGAGAUGAGGGCAGAGCAUAGGACAGGACGAGCCCCUAGUAUGACAGUUACAGAGUCGGUGCGCUCCCGUUCGGCUCGCAGUGGCCACUCCACCCCCCGCACCCCUGGCUCCACAGCCAUCACCCCAGGAACCCCUCCCAGCUACUCGUCAUCUUCAAGGACCCCCGGGACCCCACGCUCCCUCAGUUUGAUUUCCCAGGAGAGGAAGGUGGCCGUGGUCCGCACCCCACCUAAGUCGCCCGCAACCACACCCAAGCAGCUCCGAAUCAUCAACCAGCCACUGCCUGACUUCAAAAAUGUCAAGUCUAAGAUCGGCUCCACAGAGAAUAUCAAGUAUCAGCCCAAAGGAGGACAGAUUCAUAUUUUAAACAAGAAGCUGGACUUCAGUCACUCACUGUCAAAAUGCAGCUCCAAGGACAAUCUGAAGCAGUCUCCCCGUGGGGCCAAUGUUCUCAUCCCCAGUGUUAAGCUGGACUAUAGCCAUGUUCAGUCUAGGUGUGGGUCCUUGGACAGGCGGGGCUACUCAGCAGGAGGUGGAAACGUGCAAAUACAGAACAAGAAGAUCGACUUGAGCCAUGUGACCUCCAAGUGUGGUUCUCUAGACAACAUCCAUCAUCGGCCAGGGGGCGGUCACGUGCGUAUAGAGAGUGUGAAGUUGGAUUUCAAAGACAAAGCCCAAGCCAAGGUGGGUUCCCUGGAUAAUGCUCACCACAUUCCUGGUGGAGGCCACAUCACGAUUGAGAGCCACAGGUUGACGUUUCGCGACCACGCCAAGGCCCGAGUGGACCACGGAGCCGAGAUUGUCGUCCAGUCGCCCGGCCUCUCCGGCUCGGUGUCUCCUCACCGCAACAGGGACAGCCACCUAUCAUCCUCCGGCAGUCUCAACAUGAUGGAGUCGCCGCAGUUAGCGACCCUGGCUGAGGAUGUCACCGCGGCUCUGGCCAAGCAGGGUUUGUGAACACUGGAUCUGUGGAUUCGCCGCUCUGCGUCCCAGACGUCCUCAUCCUGAUCCUCUCAAACUUUUCUGCCCUGUCCUGCCACCCUGAGGCCGACUGAUUACCACUGCUACUCAGCUACACCACAGCCUCCGCACAUCUUUACUUAACAUCCUUCACUCAACUCUAAGUAGAGACUCAAGUUAGGAGCUACUGUACUUUGGUCCUCUUUAUCCUGUUUCCUGUCUAUUUUAAACCCAAACAUGUGCUACUUCUGAUUUAUUUUGUUGAUCUCCCUCUUUUUGAAUGAUGUUGCGUAGAAUAGUUCAAUUUGAGCACCUGGUCCUGGAUUAAGUGGGAUACACACUUAAUGUUGGGGACCAAAUAUUGGUUUGACUGGUCUUGGAUCAGUGUUUUGAAGAAGCUACAGCCUUUUUUCUAUUUUAAAUAAGAAGUAAUGUGACCAGUACACCAUGCCGCACGUAUUGUUCUUGCUCAGUAAACGUGCAUGGACGCCAGACCCCCCUAACAAAACAAGCAUCCUUACUGCUAGUCAUUCUUGUCAUCCAAUAUAUAAUAUAUUUAACAAAUAUAUAUAGAAACAUGUAUAAAAACACCAGUUCUUUGCCAUCUACAUGUCCUCAAAACAUUUUAAAAUGAAGCGACGAUAUGGCUAUAAAAUAUACCUGUAAAAUUGCAUUUAUGCAAGAACUAGGUCAUGUUAUGACAAGCAUGUAUGGAUUCAAACAUUAAAAGAGGCUAUUUUGUAAUUUAAAAAAAUGAUUUUAGUAAGUUAUUUCCUCAUUUAUUGGAUAAAGAUUAAACAAGUUCAUGUUUUGUAGUUAAUAGUUGUUUACAGUGUAAUGCUUGGUGACAAUGUCAGACAGCUGAUUUGGUGUUGCUAAGGAAUGCAUCUCAGUCCUGUUGAAGAGCAUCAUUCACACAUACCUGCUCAGCAGUUCAAAAUAGAAGCUUGUUUCUACAUCAGAACAGUAUUAAACACUGGAGCUCAUUCUGCAAAAAAAUCCAUCCGAAAAGGACACCACUAACAGAACCGUGUCUUUACAGCUGCAGCUAAACAGUGCAGACGUUUCUCCACUAAUACAAGCUCACGUUGAACUCGUCAUCAGGACGGUCUGGUGUCUGAACCGCAGAGGAAGAUGCUACAGUUUGCGACCUGAUAUUUAGCAGAAGAUGCAGCUACUCUGAAACCUGUCUGUGUGUGUGCAUUUGGUGCAGAUCCCAUGCCGCUUUAUGGCGGAUGCUACUGUAUCUGGAUGUUUUGUUGCAAUAUGUGGGAGACGAAAUUGGGAAAAAAAAUAUUUUGACAAAUUAAGGACACUUAAUGAGGAAAAAGAAAAUUGACAGAGGGAACUCCGCUGACUCCUGUUAUGUCUGUUAGGAAAACAAAAGUGUUUGGGUGAUCUAGUUUCUUUUUCAGACACCAUUUGUGGUAUGCCCCGCCUCCUGCCUAAUUACUUCCCUCACCUGCAACUGUUUGUUUGCUUCUGUGUUUUUUCUGCAUUCCCCAUCUCCGUGUGCCCCUUCCCCACCUCCUGCUCCACCCUACAGCAACUGUAAAUGUAUUUAAAAGGUCAAGUAGAUGUACGCAGUUUUUCUCUUGUUGAUAUGACACCAGUUACAAUGAUUAAUGACAAUAAAAAGGACAAAAAGUGA